AUGUCACAGCCAUUCGACCUCUACACCGCGCCCAACUACAUCGAGGAGGGCAACAUCGAGGCGAACCACAUCUCCUCGGCUGGUAUCCUGGACUUCCGCGCGGCACAGGCCCUCGUCCGUGCGCACCUCCGGUCCAUCGGUGUGGUCAAUGCCACGGGCCUGGUGCAGGAUGAAGCAUACUCCGGCGAGGCGCCCCACUACUCGGCCGGCGUCCUCAUGGACGGUACUCGCUUGUAUUAUGACUUUGUGCCGGGGCCCGGGACCCCCAAUGGCCCGGGGAUCCUGACGACCAGCGUGCUGCUGUACCACUUCCGGCGCGUGCCCAGCGAGGCGGCCGUGGCGACCAUCCGUCGCCGGGCCGAAUCUUCCGUCGCCCUGGACGAGUGGCGCCGGGGGAUUUACAGCCGCCUGGCUCGGGAGAACUUCAAGUUGACCAUCCAGCAGCGUGAGCAGGUCCAUGCCCACGGGCAUGGCUAUGGCAGCCGGCCGUCCAGCCGCGCCGGCAGCAUCUCGCCCAAGCGCCGGCCGGUGGUGCCCCAGGUGGACCCGCGGAAGCUGCCGCCCAUGGUGCUGACCUAUGAGCCGACCAACUUGGGGGUGUACCUUUCGCGCCGGUGGGAAAGCGCCCCGUCGAGCGGGGAAAUGGCCUUCUGCAUUGCCACAGAUGCCUUCGUGCAGCUGGCCCGCGCUCUGCGUGCCGAGGUGAUCGGCAGCGAGGCCGGGGCCGGGGGCGCGCCGAUCGUCGACCCCUCCGGCGUCUCCCGGUCGGCUGGCUUCCUCAGUGCGCCGGCCGAGCAAAUUUCCCUCGCGCAAUGGCAGGCCGGGGCCGGGGGACCGGCGGCCAGUGGCCCGGUGGUCGGGGCCCGCCGCGUGGACUCCCCCUCGCCGGUUGGCUCGGUGUCCCACGCCCCCGGCACGCACCAUGGCCUUCGGCCGGAUUCCCCCGGCGGCGGCAUGAGCCGGCUGACGGCCCUGCGCCGGAAGCUGGCCCCCUGGCGCAGCAGCGACUCCAGGGGCUUCAAGCAUGGCGGCGACUCGACCACCUUCCACCUGGGGGACCCCUCCUCGGUGCAAUAUCACUAUGCCCGGGAGGAAGUCCCGCCGGGCAGCGAGGGCGCCCACCCCGGGGCCGGAGCCGACGCCUCGGGCGCCGGCGACGGCGCACAAGCCAAGACCCCGCGCAUCCUGACCCCGGUGUCGCGCAUGAUCCACGAGAGCGUCGAGGCCAGCAAGCCCGGGCCGCCCCUGGAUGUGCUGGCACGGCAAACAUCCCCACGAGGCACGGCCUCGCCGCCGGUGAGCUUCGCCGGGCCCGGGCCCGGGCCCGGCGCCUCCAGUGCCGCGGUGUCCGCCUCGCCGGGUGUCCACAUCGCGGGCGUCGAGUCGGCCACGCACCUCGGCCGGCCGGCCGCCGACAGCCCGGCUCUCGGGUACCCGGGUAGUGGUGCUGGCGGCGGCAGUGCCGGGCACCUGGCGGCCGGCGGUUUUCCCCCCUCUUCGUCUGAGGAGAAUCUCGGCCUGCUGGGCCAGCCCUCUCGGCCGAUCACCACCGAGCCCCGGCAAAUGGCCGGCGGCCAGCCGGAGGGAAGCCACGACAGUCUUCACGCGCUGAAGGCCUCCUCCUCGCAUGACUCCUUCAUCACCAAGCUGGCGUCGAAGCUGCCCCGCAAGCUCCAGGGCUCCCGUGCCAAGGAGCUGGCGGCCGAGGCCGGGGCCGGCGAUGUGCACGGCGCCUCGGCGGCCGAGGGCAAGCGCAGUCGCUUCGCCUCGCCGAAGGUGGUCAUCCCCCCGGGCCAGGCCCGGCCGACCGGGCUCCCGCUCAAGAUCUACAGCAGCCACACCCCCUCGCGUGCCAUGUGGGGCGGCUCGGAUGCCGGGAUUCCCCGGGCCAAUGUUCGUGGUGGCAGCCCGGCCGGCGGGUCCCCAUCCGGCCCGUCCACUGGCGGCCGCCAGCCGUGA